CUGUUCUCUAUUGAAAUCUAGUCACAAGGUCAGCACAAGAUUUUCCAGGUGUCCAGUGACCAAUUAUCCCUCUCUUCUUGAGGUCACCACUGGGUCUAGUGCUUGGAACACAGAUAAUCAAUACAAGGUCAAGGCCCCAAGCAGCUUUGGAACCAAAGUACAGGACCUGUGGUGAUCUCUCUCUUUUAUUGCUCCAGUAAAAUCACUUGCCCUUCAGCGCAUGGCUUUUUAUUUUUACCCUGCUGAAACAAAUGUUUUAAGAGCAGUUGCUAGGAAGUUGAGGAGAGAUUGAGUGAGGAAAGGCUGUCUGAGAUGCAUGUUAAAUCAGGGGAGUUGGAGACGAAGGCUGACGUGGUUAAAACAUGAUGAGAACGCAGGAGGCCAGGAGCCUGCAUGAAAGGCCGAGGGUGUGUACAGAGGGUAAGGAGCAGGCCUUAGAGAAGAUGGGAGGAGGAGGUGCAGAAGGACAUUAGUGCAAGGUACGGUUUCUGGAAAGAAAUUAUAGGAGAAGGGGGAUGGGAAAGAUGGAUGGCAUCAGUGUGCUGCCAGACCUGGUAAGAGACUGGAAUCAGCAACUGCUGCUGCUGCCAUCCAGAACCACUGGGGACGAGCACAGUAGAGCCAGGGAGGCAAGGGAGCACCAGCACACGUAGGUGUGGGGCUGGCUUGGUUGGUAUAUAGUUCUGGGAUUCAAGUUUUCUAGGAAAUGAGCCCUUUUGAGCUUUUAUUUUCUGGCCCUGGCACUACAAGGGGCAGUGGAUAGAAGCCAAGCAGGCAGAGAGCUAAGUGCAUUGCCUGUGAACUAAUGUGCCUAUUCUCUUGUGUAGCAUUGCCUUCCCAUCCCCACCCUGCAGCAUGGCAGCAUCCAACCAGUACCUGGAACAGGCUUUAAGUCCUUCUAUACAGUCAGUAUUUGCACAGUUGAUUUUAAAACAGCAUGUUACACUGAUGGAGGCCCCCUCUGCUGUAUUGCGAACUUGACUCUUGAUCUGAACUUUGAGGGCAUUUUCACCUUGUUUUGGGUGAGAGGAAAACAUUUUGACUGUCUGGAAGAAUCUUUUGGGGCCCCAUGAUUGACUGGUGCUUUCUGCUGGCAUCUUGUUUGAUAUCUACCCAGCUUCUGUGAUGGCCUCCCUGGCAAAAAUCCACUCUGUGUACUCAGAGUAAGACCAAGUUUAUCGGGGGGUGAUAGGACAAGGGUUUUGGCUCAGUCACCAUAAGUGAUAGGAGUCCGGUGCUUGUGGUCUCCAAGUUGGGGUAUAGUGAUGGUUCACAUGUAAAAAUUAUCUAGUAAUCUCACAAUUUAGGGCUUUUGCUGGUUGCCAGUUGGGGCUAAAAAAGGAUUUUUUUUCCCCCUCCUCACGAACGUUAUUAGCUUCUGGGUGGGGAAGGAGGGUAGAGGUUUCUUUCCUCUGAAGUAUCAGGACAUUGGCCAUAGUUCUGGCUGAUGGGUGUUUGACUGGGGUGUGGGGUGUUGAAACUGCUGAUGGUACUUCAGAAAACUGAGAGGUUUUGAGGUCAGGAAGGAAUGUUUUGCCUGCCCAAACUGACACUGACAAUGGGGUUGUUGUGAGAAGGAGGAGUUGUCUGUCUUCUAGCAGGGGGCAUGGUCCUUUUCUGAGGAUGUUCUGAGCAUCUAUUAACCAACUACUUCUCCUUUGUCAUAGUGACAGAACAUUGGCACGUUACAGGGUGACGUUGGUGUUUUGGGUGCUGUGCCUUGUACUUACAUGGGAGGGUUUGCAGUGGUGAUUUUAGAGAUUCCUGGGGUAAGUGGUGCACUUGCAGGGGAAUGGAGUCAACGGUUAGGAGUUCCCUUCUUGUCCUGUGUUCCUAAGUAACAGGAGAUCCUGCUUUGGUAUUCUCCUGGAGCAGCUUGGUUUUGGUGCAGCCCUGAGCUGUCCCUUGCAUUCAAAGCCAUACCCACUCGUGGAUCUUUGCAUUCCACUCAUUGCUUCGGAAAGAGGGGACUGGAUGUGUUUCUCUCUCCAGAGGGCAAGGAAGUUCAGGACUCGUUGAGAGAAUGAUGUGGAAGGACAUCAUGGCUGUAAUAGUGGACUCAGGAGAUGAGGACUUACCCUGAGCUGGGAACACAAAGGGGUGUGUGUAGGCAUGUACCAGCAUUUUACGUAUAGUCUGGUUGACACCCAGGCAAGAUGACCUUGGAGUUGUGGAGAGUACAUAAGAAACCAGGAAGGCGAAUCCAGAGGUGAAGCUGUGUAUUGUGGGAUAGCAGUAGGAGGUUGCCUGCAGGGAGGAUACCACCAUGCUGGGCAGAGUUUUGUCACUUCCGGAGUGGGGUGAGAUGCCAGAUAAGUCAGAAGAGAAGCAAGAACUUUGGUUUAUGGAAACAAGACAGUCAAUGUUAAAAGUGUUCAUGAUUGUGAGCUCUCAAGUGCUUCUGUAGCAUCCCUGCAGUGGGAACUGAACCCAGACCCCUGAAACUUGAAGUGUAAAUUCUGCUUCCCAUGUAGACCAACUCUACGCAUUUCUUCAGCCCCUGAAUCCACUAGGGAGGGGAACGUAUAAGAUCUGCCUUCUUUCUUCCACCUGAGACUCAUUCUAGUGUGUGUAGACUUUGACCCCAUUUUGUGGGAGGGGAUCAGUCCAAGGACUUCAGAGCUACAAGUUUCCACAUGCUCCUUAACAGAUCUUAAGUAGGAGCUGAGAGGGAACCAUCCUGAGCCAUCUCUUCCUUCCUGUUCGGCUGAUCACAGAUGUUACUUGAAAAUAAAUGCCUUGACCAAAGUAUUCAGACCGAAAAUACCACCCCUGAUGGCAGGCUCAUGUAUGAAUAUGAAGGAGCCCUUGCUUUUUACCAGAUCUGUCAAGUUUACAACAGUCCCCAUCACUUCAAAGCCAGAUGUUCAUCCAAAAAGCCUUAGUUCUGCCCCAAAUCAACCAGGAUUUACCCAUUCUGAAACACCAGCAUUUGGGUUUCUUUUAGAUGUCUGUCCAUUCCAGUUAAUUUGCUGAGCUUCUCAGCACAACAGAGAACCUUUGAGUUGGUUUUGGAUUGCCAAAUUUCAAAUCCCAACAUGAAUUACGUGGGAGAUCUCUCAGAUUUGGGCCUCAGACCUUCCUACUGCCUCUUCCCCUAACUAUCCAGAAUGUGCUAUUUUGGAGCUAAAAUAACAUCCAAAAGCAGCUAGUUUUUCACCUUGACUGAAGGAAUUCAGGUAUCUGAAAAAAAGAGCGGGGAUGUUGCCUUACUGCUGAGGGGAAACUGCAUGACCCUAUGGUGACAUUUGGGCUACAAAGAGGUGUCACAUUUUUCCUGGGAAAAAUCAUUUUAUCUGGGAACAAAGUGAAAUUGUUCAGACGUCCACAUCUGUUGUUUCAGGAUAAAUUCAAAAAAGAUUUACAAAAUAAGAAGUGCCAACAGUUUACCUGGGGACAUCACAAAGUGCAUCUGAACACCUAUCCCUGGAUUCAAUCAAUGAAUCAAUGGCAGAAAAGCAGCAAUGCGUUCAGCCACUCACUAAACCCAAAAGGCAAUGUGUGUACAUGCCAAUCCUAGGGAGGACACAGGCACAACUUGUCCAGUGGCAAAUGCAGCAUCCAUUUCUACUCCCAGAAACCUAACCCAGAGGCAGAUGAUGCAGGGACAGCAGCUGAAGUUUCAUUGAUGCAGUUGGGACGUGUCAGCUUCUCCUUUACUGUUAACAAGUUUGUUGAGUGGCCAGAAAAACUACCAGUUUUCAGUGGCAAAUUGAAAUGUGACAUGUCCCUCGGCAGCAGCAAAACUCUGGCUGCUGCUCUUGCAUCAUGUGCCACUGCUGCUUCUCUGCCGUUUCUGUUACUGGAGCCAGAGCCGGAGAAGGGAAGAUGCAGGGAGCAUGCUGUGGGGAGAGGGGAACAGGAUGGGGAAGUGCCUCCUAGAUCCAUUCCUGUGCCUCCCGCCCUAGACAGCACCUGGGGCCUGUGCCUUGCUCACGCACCCAUUGUUACACUACUGGUGCCAGCACGGCACUGGGAGGUGGGGCCAGUUGACAUUGGUUAUGUUUCAGUCUCUGACACUUGCCUACGUGAUGACUGGCAGACAAGGUUCUUUGGGUGAAUCUGAUAUCUUUUAUUAGACCAACUUAAGUAGUUGGAAAACAAUUAUUAAGCAAGCUUUCGGGUUCAAAAACCCUUUGUCAGGCUAAGGAAGUUUCUGCAGUUGGUGUGUGCACUUCCUGGAUGGAAUGAAAAGUAAAGAAGCCAGAGGCUGGGCUGGUAUGCAUACAAGAUAGGCAGUCAGUGAAAAUGUAGAUUGAGGAGUCAAUGGGUGAGAGACAGGCUGGGGGAGUGUGGGGGAGAGAGAGAAGAGGGAUGAGUAGUGGAGAGAUACCUGGGGAGUCAGAUGUCAGACAAGUUAUAAUGUGUCAUAAAUCCAAUGCCUAUAUUUAGUCCAUGAUUUUUAGUGUCCAGGAGGCUGAUGAAGUGGAGUUCAUAGGCUCGUCUCUGGGAAGUGUUUUGUAAGUUUCCUUUGAGGAUCAGGACUGAGAGAUUGGAGAGAGAGUGGUUUUCUUGUGAGAAGUGUGCCCCCACAGGUAAUUGGGUAUUCCUGUCUUUGAUAGAUUUCCAGAGUGCGUUCAUUCUGGUGCGCAGUUGUUGUUUGGUAUUGUUUGGUCUCCUACGUAUUUUCCAUCAGGGCAUUUGGUGCAUUGAGUGAGAUAUAUUACAUUUCUGGAGGUGCAGCUGUAAGAUCCGGGGAUGCUGAUGGCUCUGUUGUGGGGUGUAUUAAUUGUGGGGGUGGUGGAAGUGUGUUGACAGGUUUUGCAUUUCUUGUCAUGGCAUGGUCUGGAUCCAUUUAGUGUGUUCUGGGCUUGAGGAAGUUUGCUUCUGGUGAUGAGGUUAGCGAGGUUUGGUGCUUGUUUGAAGGCUAGGAUGGGUGGCUCUGGAAAGAUCUUUUUAAGAAUAGGGUCUCUUUCUAGUAUGAGUUGCAAUUUUUGAGGAUUUUCCGUAGGGGUUCGAGGGAGGGGUGAUUUGUCAUAACCAGCAGUGUGCGAUUUGUGGGGGGUUUUCUUCUGUACUGCAGCAGUUCUUCAUGUGGUAUCCGAGUGGCUUUUUCAAACAUGCGAUCUAUCUCUCUGGAGGAGUGUCCUUGUUGGGUGAAAGUCUUUUUAAGAUUGGGAAGAUCGUGUCCCCCAAAUGGAAAACGUUCAAGGGCUUGAAGCUGCUGCAGCGUGACAAGAUCCGCCUCAACAAUGCCAUCUGGCGGGCCUGGUAUCUGCAAUAUGUGGAGAAGAGGAAGAACCCGGUGUGCAACUUUGUGACACCACUGGAGUACAGCGAUGGGGAUGACCACCGCAAGCCAGAGGCUGUGAUCAUGGAGGGGAAAUACUGGAAGCGGCACAUCGAAGCUGUUGUUCGGGAGUAUCACAAGUGGAGGGCCUACUUCCGCACGCAGGUCCAGAAUAAGAAAGAUAAACCUGUGUCUUUACCCACUCAGCGCACAGUUGAUGCCUUCCAAAAGGAGCUGGGCAUUGAGGCUGAGGAUGACUUCCCCAUGGAGCUGGACCCCUUGCAUGAUCUGGACAUCCAUAUCUCUAACUUAGCCGAUACCAUCUUCUACACUCGCAACCCCUACGGUGGGCCCAACCCUCGUGGGCUUGCUCACCAAGGGAAUGCAGACAUGAUCCAGCCCACACUGACCCAGCUGCACCCCAACCUUGGGGAGGAUUUCAUGGACACCUUGGAUCACAUUCAUGAUUUUUUGGCUGCCUGUCGCCCCCAAGCUGCCCUCCAGGCCCCCACACCACUGCCAGAUGUUUCCCCCCUGGUAUCCAUCUCGAGCACCUGUGACACAGAUGGGACCCCCAGUACCACCAGUCCCAAGGAGAUGCGCCUGGCUGAGGACUCUGUCACCUUUCCCCUGGAGCUGGAGCCUCCUCUUCCCAUCAAUGGGCAGCAGAUCUUCCUGCCCCUCUUCCCCACCUCCCCAGUGCGGGUCAGUCCACCUCCACCUGCUCCCCCCGCCCUGCACCUACAGACCCACCCUGCCCUCGUCUUCUCUGUCAUCACCCACACGACUGCUGAGAAAGCUGCUUCCACCCCUGGUGCGGAAACCCUGGGGGGCACCUUUGCUGUGCCCAUGUCUAGCCCCCUGCCAAAGGGAGGGCGACGCCGGCAGCUGCAGCGCAUCGCCCCUGCACCUACCUCCAGCUGCCCUCCAGCACCCUCCAGCUCCUUUCUCACCCAACUGCUCAGACAAGGCCCUGCAUCUCCAGCCAGAAAUUCUCCCCAGAUCUCCGGCAUCCCGGAGGGCCCUGCAGGCAUUCUGCUGACGGAGAAAUCCUCCCACCCUCACUCCAGCACUGCCCCCUCUGGCACCGGUAUGAUGGAUCCAAAGGCUGAGGAUGGAGCUGAGCGCAGAAGGUCCUGCUCCCCCCGCCAGACCUGCAGUCUCCCUGGCACCAAGGGCAGCCAAAGACCCACCCUGACAUCGUCUGACCACACCCGGCGCAUGAACAUCAGCUCCAGCUUUGACGCCCUUGCCAGUCUGGUGCUUCAAGGCUCUGCCCAGCCCAGCUUCAAGGUCUCACACUGUGUGCUCCCCCAGCUCAGCAAGGCCAUGCUGUUGCAGAGGAGUGCGGCCUAUGUGGGGCGGCUGCAGCAGGAGCGUCAACAGGUCCAGGAGACAGCCCAGCGCCUGCGGGGCGAGAUUGAGGAGCUGAGCGCUGCCAUUGGAGAGUACCAGCGGCAGCUGCCCCCCAGUGGGGCCCCAGUGGUGGCACCCCCAAGUUCAGACCGUGCUGUGGAGCUCUACGAUGACUAUGUGCGCCGGCGUACCCUGCAGGAUUGGCGCUUCUGGCUCUUCAGCGUGAUCAUCAGGCCGCUUUUUGAGAGUUACAGCAAGGCGGUGAGCACCAGCAGCACUGAGGAGUUCUACCAGUCAGUGCUGGGCUGGCUGGAGCAGCACUGUGCCCUGCCCAUGCUGCGUCCUGCCAUCUCCAGCUCCCUCCUGCAGCUCAGCAAGAUGACGUCCAUCUUGACGCAGCCCUCCCGGCUCCCUGAGCAGGCCCUGCAAGCUGUCAGCUGCCCCAGCCAUGGCAAGGGCCAUGCCUAACCUGGCCCCUUUCUUGCUGUCAGGACCCCUGUCCACAGAGAAGAGCCCAUGCCUCAGCCGUGUCCCAGGGACGCUGCCCAGAGACUCCUCUCCCCAAUACAGACAUCAGAUACAUUGGGCAAAAUGGAAGCCAGGGUAGAGGCCUGAAGUGGCAAAUGGAUGGAUCCGCAGCUAAGGGAAUCUAGGACACAGGCUCAGGGCUCAGAUCCCCUGUAGCCUCCACAGAAGGGGGAUCUCAGGGCCUCAGGGAUCCAGGCAGGGUCAUCAAUAGCCCCUUUCCCCCAACACAGGGAUCUGGGGAAACUACAGUCCCCUUUACACUGUCCAUGAAACACCCAGGCAACAAUGACUGGGACCUUCAUUAAAGCCCCCCUGGGCCUGGACUCCA